AUGGCCGGUCUCCCAAAGCUCCCUGCUCCUCAUUCGGAGCUGGCGAAGUACAUCUUUGACCACAAAGACAUAAACAUCACCGAAAUCAUGGAGCCAUAUCGCGAGUAUGAAGCGAACUUGCGAUCUAUAUAUGCACAAGAUCGCCAGAACCCAAUCCUCGGUGACCCCUAUCUCAAUGUGGUUCCCCUCUUUACUGAGAAUACCAAGUUCAUCACCACUCGCGCACGUAAUCUGGACGCCGAGUCUGACGAGGAAAAGUCAAAGUACAUAAUGGCUCUUCCAGAUGAUAAGCGUCGUGCUCAUGACUCCCCUGCGACGGUUGCGAACCUCGAAGAGUUCCAGAAGAACUUCAACAUAUUCUCAGAAUCAUCACUGGCUGACUUAGACUGGUCAAACGUUGUGGCUGCUGGUUCUUCAGUCGUCAACUGUCUUCUGCCUGUCCCUAAAGAGUUCAACACAACCAAAAGAAAACUUCGAGAGUAUUACCACGAGAAGUUCUGCCCUGCUUCCGAUGUUGAUCUCUUUCUGUAUGGGCUCAAUCACGAUCAGGCCAUCGACAAGAUCAAACAGAUUGAACAGGCAAUCAAAGAUGCUCUUUUGAAUGAGAUUGUUCUCCGCGUCUACAAAUCUGUUAGUGAAAUCCUCACUGGCUUUGACAUUGACGCUGCAGGUGGAGCAUAUGAUGGAACUCAGCAAGGGGGUCCGGAGUUUUUGGCUUGGUCUAACGGGACUCAGGUAUAUGUGACUCCCCGGGCUCUCGGAAGCUUCAUCACGCAAAUCAACCACAUUGAUCUUACUCGUCGAAGCCCUUCUUACGAGAAUCGACUGUCAAAGUAUUCACACAGAAACUUUGAGGUCUACUGGCCUGAACUCGAUCGAAACCAGAUCGAUCCAACCAUCUUCGAAAGAAGUUUCAGAAGAACUCUAGGCUUGGCUCGUCUCCUUGUUCUUGAACGACUUCCAACCACCACAGCUCGAGAUACUUAUCUCGACAAGAGACGUGAGGAGCGAGGCCGGCCCAGGGUUUAUAGAUCCCACCAGGUCCUCCACGGCAACAUCAAGGACUAUCAUGAGGAUGAAAUUGCUGAUUGGUUGUCUGAGGAGGACGUCAGUAACUAUCAUACCUUCACUGUGCCUUAUGGGCAGCACUUCAAUGCCAAGCGGAUCGAGAAACUCUGUUAUACGCGCGAUCUUCUUCUCAAUGCAGAAUGGAACCAGCCCGAUGAUCGAGAGGUUUACCUGCAUCGCCACCCUGCAUUCUUUGGGCGUGUAGAAGACGUGAUUGAAGACUGCUGCGGCUGCUGCCCAGAGGCUGUUACGGACCAGGAAAAGGAGGUUGCAGAGAAGGAGGCUGAGAUUUAUAUCAAAGGCAAAGUCUCCUUCUUGAUCGAUGACCCUGGUCGACAGCAAAUUGGUUCUUUCAACCCUCUGACUGAGCAAGACUGGACUGAUAUGGCGUAUGUGGGAAACGUUACCAGGCUUUGCCAGUCGAUCGUCGAUGGUGACGUUGACGACGUAUCAAACUGGCUAAGCCAGGAAGAUGCCGACCCUAACAAGAGAGACUACACUGGCAGAACCCCUCUCCACCUCGCCGUGAUGACAUCGACGCCAGAGGUCAUUAAGUGUCUUGUUGAGCGUGGUGCACGGCUGACUGCACGACUGGCGGAUGGCAAGAAUGCCCUACACCUCGCUGCCUCACGAGGUGAUGUGGAGAUUAUCAAAAUUUUGAUGGAGAAGUCAAUCGAAAACGAAGAGGCUGAAGAGGAACGACAGGACAAGAAGCGCCGAGCAGCAAAGAAGCCCAGUUCUGACAAUAAUGACGGGGUUCGUAACGAGGGUGCUGCAUCAGAUCCCGAUGGAGAAUCAGAUGGCGAGAUUAUUGAUGACGAGACAACAGAUGCCGAUGCCGCAUCUAUGACUACUGGGUCUUUCGUCAAGAUAAAGCAAGUUGAAGCAGAGAAUGCUGAGGAUCUUGUUCCCGAAGAGUCAUCAGACGAGCCGGAUUUCUUCAAUGUUGACGCCUUAGCAUGGGAUCUCCAGUGUUCUCCUCUUCAUCUUGCCAUCGCAGAAGGCAACGAGGAUGCUGUCAGGGUUCUUUGUGAUUACGGGACCGAUUCGAUUCUGCCCGUCAAGUCUCUCGCGGAACAUGGCGACAGUCGUGUGAUUCUGACACUAGUUCUGGCCUUGACACUGCCUAAUGACAAGGCCAAAUCGAUGGCAAAUCUCCUCAUGCGACUCGGUGCAACAUCUGCCCAAGCUGAUUCAAAAGGAUGCACUGCUUUCCACAGAUAUGUUGAAUCUGGAGAGGUGGAACUCAUCGAUACGCUCCUGGAUAACGAUAAGACGGGCAUCAAGGCAGCUAUCAAUCACAUGGUCUGCGAUGGAAGUUAUUGGAACGCAGAGACUAUUGCUCCGAUCAACACUGCGGUUCAGAGUGGUGAUGUCGCUUUGGUGUUGAAGCUGCUGACUGCUGGUGCUGCAGCUCACAUCGACUUCGAUAAUUGGUUGAAGUCCGCCAAGGUCUCCGACAUGUCUGGGCGCCUGGGCAAUCUGGAGACCAACCAGAAGAUGUAUAAGGAGACUGUGGAACAGCCAUUAAUCACCGCCAUCCGAUCUGGUCGCACAGACGUUGCAAUCAAGCUUCUUGAAGGCGGCGCCGACCCAAAUUCACUGAAUACAGAGACACAUCGGCUAAUCUUCAAUGAGUAUCAGAGAAACUGGAACAAGGGUCAAUCAGCUUUAGACCUGAUCCAGAAGUCGCUGAAGAGUCUUCGUGGAUUCACCGUUGAAACGAACGGACCUGUGAAACCAAGGGAGACCCCAGGGAUGGAUGAAUUCCUGAGCCACUUCACUCCUGGAAGUUACUCUCAUUGGGUUGUUUCAGAGCAAGUUGGGAGUGAAAAGAGGUCAUUCGCGUCUCGUCUCAAGCGAUAUGAGGAGGAUAUCAAGAAGAAUCCAGAGCCUAAAGGAGUUCCGGAAAAGCUGGAAGCAAUCAAGGAGCUGUCAGCAGGCUUCAAAGCCCUUGAAGAAGAACUCAUAAGCCGAGGUGGGAAAACCUUUGAUGAGUUGCAUCCUGACAUCAAGACGAAUCUGAGGAACAAUGCCUCAAGCACAAGUAGCCGAAUCAAGGACGAGAAAAAGGCCAUCAAGCCUUUCGAGUUUCACUUCUCAUUCAACAAUGACCGUGAUAUGACGGAAAAGAGAAGAGAUGGCUACAUUGAGCUAAUGGAGGCUGCGUGGGCGGGAGACAUUGAGAAGGUCAAGGAGCUCUCCCUUCAAGCCUGGGGUGCCGAAAAGGAUCAACCACCGCUCAAGAUCGCUGUCUCAGAUAACAUGGGCAACACUCCUUUCUCGGUAGCCUUCCUUCGAGGACACCAUGACCUAGCAAGGGCUUUGCUUGAAAUUGUAAAGGCACAAUGGUCUCCACCCAAAAAGGAUAAGGUCCGCUUCAGAAUGGAGGCUGGCAACGAAGAUGAGGAGUAUGAGUCUGAUUCCGAUGGCUCUGAUAACUCCAGCGAGAACGAACCACGAAUAGUGUCUGAGAAGGUGCAGGACAAGUUCACCAUCGACGAUAUUGGGCAUGUUUCUAUGGAGGUGGAGUCUCAUACCAAACCCCUCCAAAUCAUAUGUGAAUCGGUUCCAAGCUGGUUGAUGGAGAAGGAGAAGGUUGUGUACCGAUAUCAGAAGAGAAGCUUAUUCGUCCACACGUUCGACACCAACGAUACUACUGGCCUCAAGCUCCUUUUGGACUUGGCACAACACUAUUCAGGUCAGAAGUUUGAAGGCGAUGACGCCGAUCAAGAGGACGAAGGCUCGACCUGCAGCUUUACCUUCCCCCAGUCGGAUUUCAAGUGGGCAGUUGAGCACGGGAAGACUCAAUUGCUCGCCCUAGUGAUCAAACGGACUGGGGCAGGCAUACCACUCGAUCAUCUCGUCAAGAAGAGUGGUGUCGAGCUGAAGCGAAAGCCGCGAUAUUACCAGGGGCUGACCGUCUACGGCAGGAAAAGAAAGGAUUGGGCAAAUGCUGGACGUGGUAUGGUUAUCAAAAGCAGCGGACUGAGGACGCCGCCUCUUCUCCAUGCUGCUCUGGGUGGUAGUGUGGAGAGCGUCGAACUCUUCCUUGGAGAUGCCCCGCAUAGGUUGUAUGGCGAGUUUGCCAAGUCCAAGGCCUCCAAGGAGGACUCAAGAUUCAAGCAUUUGAAGGAGAGUCCUGGCGGAUUCGACCGCGCAAUCUCCAAGUGGCUUGGAGCUGAUAAUGAUCUCGUGAUUCAUUGCGCGGUUUUGGCGUAUCCUGGAGACAAUGCUAACGAGCUGCUUGAUUAUCUUGUUGAAACUUGCCCAGACUUCAUCGAGAAGAAGAACUCUGAAGGUGAUACACCGCUGAUGGUAGCUUGCCGCCUUGGAAGAAUCGACGCAGUCAAAAUCUUGCUAGCAGCCAAUGCGGAUCAGUCGGCUCGGAACCAAAGGGGUGAAAACAUCCUCCAUGCAGCAAUCGAACGCAGCCCCAAGGCAUAUCAGCUUCGUGAGCUUCUGGACCUCUUGGACUCAGGCCUUCGCAGCCAUCUUUUCCUCCAGCGAAAGAACCUCAACGAGAACGGCACCACCCCCGUACACGCUUGGAUUUCCCAAGUUUCAGGAAUGACACUUGGUGCCGACAAUCGCAACAAUUACCGCAGAUAUAACGGCUCAGGGUAUGCUAAGCCAUACAUUGGCCAAGAGAAGGAAUUGGUCCUGAUGCUCAAGCUCCUUCUCGAGUAUUCCAAGGGCGAGGAACUCGAGAUGCUCAACGGUGCAGGGGACACGUGCCUUCACACGGCGAUUAUGACUGGCAUGAUUGCCGCUGUUCGCGUCUUGGUAGAAUUUAAGCCCAGCCUUGUCUACCGGGAGAACGCCGUCGGUCGGACUCCUGCUGAGCUCGCGCAUGACAAACUCACUAGCCAGAAGUUUACCAUGCCUGACAAGCCCAGCAUCAAAGACCGAAAUCGCGUCCACGAUACCUUGCGAAAGAACUCGGAGGAGUUUAUCCAGGAGGCCGCCAUGGACGCUCAUUCAACAGAGCAGAGGAGAUCGCUCGAAAGUCUGGGGCUCAGUGACACCUACAAGCCACAGGAAGUUCCUCUGAUUUUGGCUUCCAUGGGUGUUGAGAAGAAUCGUUCAAGCAAAAGGCUCGAAUCCCGAAGCAUCGACCUCGUUUUAUGGGAUCUCUGCCGCACCACAAUGAAGCAACAUCCCGGGAAACGCCGGUUGGUAAGCUUGAAUGAAGCCAAUGAUGUUGCUAAGAGAUUGGGUGAGAAGUACUCAGCGUCAAGGUAUUUCAGCGUUCAAGCUCGGGUUGACGACGAAGAAGUCGAUCCCGAUGAAAAGGAGUCCGGCACAACGAUUGAUUUUGCUGUCCAGGAGAUGAAGUCUCGUCUGUCUCAAGCCUGGGAGACGAAGCGACGCCAUGGCUCAAAAAACAGUUCGUCGGGCUCUGAUUACGGUCGUUCUUCCAGUUCCGAUGAAAGUUCCGAUAUUUAUGAAUCACUGUAUUGA